AGUGUAAAUCACUCUAUUUCAAUAACAUCCACACUCACACCCAAUCACCCACACCCUCCGUAUUUAUUUUGUAUUUCUUUUAAAGUUUUCAAUCGAUUGAUAAUGACGUUUUUGGUGAAAAUUGUGUUUUGCUGUAUGGCUAUAAUUUCGUAUGUGAAUUCAUAUCCAGUUAAUUUUGAAUUGACUGAAUGGACAAAUAUUAAUGAAAUUAAUACAGACUUACAACAUAACUGUCUUUAUAUUUCGAUGUCAAUUCAGCCUCAAAUAAAGUAUAUGUAUUUUGAAAUGUAUCCUAUUCUUCGAAAUUUUCGCCAGAUGAUCUCAUUAUGUUUGAGUGAAUGGCCAUCCACAUGGAAGAUUCAGGAAAAUACACGAGAUCAAAAAUUUAAUUUUUCUCAGCUGGCUGCAUUAAAUAUAACCAGUCUACAAUUAUAUCAUUGGUCAGCACCAAUAGACAUUAUAGAAUCUUAUCAAUCCUAUUUGAAUCAAUUAUCAACUUCAAACAAUAUAUCUUUAUCGACGAAGGUUUUUUAUAAUUGUACACCACCAAGGUUUGGUCCACAAUGUCAAUAUCUAUUUCCUUUUCGAACAAAGCAAAAACUGUCAUCAGUACACGAAUUAAUUCAUGGUUUCUAUUUAGAACGGAUUGAUGCAAGAGAUGAAUUAUCAUGUUAUCAUCAUUUAAAUUGUCGUUUUGGUUCAAUAUUGUUCUGCCUUGAUUGGAAUCAAAUUUGUGAUGGUUUCAUUCAAUGUACCGAUGGAGUCGAUGAACAACAUUGCUGGCAAAUGGAAACGAACCAAUGUAAAGAAAACGAAUAUCGAUGUCGAAAUGGUCAGUGCAUACCCUCAGUGUUUCUUGAUGAUAAUGCAUUUGCUGUUGAAUGUCUUGAUCAAUCAGAUACGAAAGAGAAGUUAGAUUGGGAUCCAACUAUACGAGAAAUGUACGAUCCUCGGCGACCACUAUUCAUCAACGAAGAAGUAGUUAUUUAUAAUGGCACUGGUCAUAUUGGUCCAUUUUAUGAAGGUCGUGAUCGCAGGUAUCUUUUCGUUGAUCGCAUGAUAUUACAACAGGAUACGUCAAUGUUACAAACGUGCCGGUUACUACUUUACUGUUAUCUUGCAAUUUUUGAUUUUUGGGAAUAUAAUUGUAUAGAUAUCUGUUCAAAAGAACAUUGUCAAAAAAAAAUUAAUGAAAGUUGUCCGGAUAUGUUUUAUGUACCAUCUGUAGCAAUUGCCUUUGGUCAUGUCUAUCUAGCAUAUACAAAACAAUACAUUGUUGAACAGAAAGCACGAUUAAAUGCACCUGAAUAUAUAUGUUACAAUGAACAAUUGUGUGGUGGCUUUAAUCCCAAUCAAAAGACAAUUCCUUUUAAUAAUAGUCUAUGUCGUCGUGUUCAAGAUAUUCUUCCACGUGUUAUUUCAAAUACAAAUGGAAUUGUAAUGAUUUGGCAAUACAUUCAUCAAAUAUCAUUUUAUCUUUCGAAAUGUAAUACAAUUCUACAGAAUGAUACAACAUUAUGUGACAAUCGAACGAUGUACCAAUGUUUAAAUUCUUCGAAAUGUAUAGCAAAAAUUCGUAUCUUCGAUCAAUUUCAAGAUUGUGAUUAUGGAGAUGAUGAAGAUAGGCAAAAAAAUAUUUUAACUAAUGAAAUUUGUUCGAAAGAACGAUCUUCAACGCAUUUCAUAUGUCCCAAUACAAACAAAUGUAUUUCUCGAAAGUUAAUGAGAGAUUCGAAAUGUGAUUGUGGAUAUUUAGAUGCCGAACAUUUUGUAUGUCCUGAUGAAUAUACAGAAAUGAAAUCCAUUCGAGAACUCAUAUCAUUUCCAACAAUUUGUAAUGGUUUUAAUGAUUUAAAUCCUAUACUUAUUGAUAGACAAAAUUAUACAGAUGAAACUGAAUGUAAUCAAUGGAUGUGUAAUAAUGCAUAUACUCGUUGUAACGGUUAUUGGGAUUGUUAUGAUGGAGCUGAUGAAGUUGAUUGUCAUGAAUUUUUAUUGGGUUUGAAUUGUUCAGCUCAUAGUUUUUUAUGUCUAUUACCCAUGACACGUAAAUUUGUGUGUCUCUCGAUGGACAAAGGUAAUGAUGGCAAUAUUGAUUGUCUCGGUGCCACCGAUGAACCACAGUUAUGUCGAUAUAAUACUCAAACCUAUAAUAAUGGAUUCUACUGUAAAGAUCGAAAGACUCUUUCAUCCGUUUGUAUUCAACGCAGUGAAAUCUGUACUAUCGAUGAAAUAUGUGCAAACUUGGAAAUGCGUGACCUCUGUACAAUGAGAUUUUCCGACUGGAUAUUUCAAAAUGGUUUCUGUGAUCGAGGCGAUUUUUCAUAUCUUAACGAUACUGAUAUGAAAAUGUGUUAUCUUUUCAGAUUCACUUCAAGACCUGAAAUUGUGCAUUUUUCUCUCGCUCAAGUAAAAUCAAUAUUUAAAGAUAAAGACAGAAACGUCCCAUUCGAAGGAUAUCUUAUUGAUGAGAUGGAUCGAGAUAUACGCAACAGUCAUUGCUAUCAUGGUGUACCUUUGAAAGUUGUAUUAGAUUUUAACAAA